UGCUCUAGGAUAAGAUGCACAAUGAAAGGACUCACAUAAUUUUAGUCUAUGUUAAGCUUUCGUAAGGAGAUUGUCUCACAGCUUUGACUCUUGACAGACCAGAUUCUUGGCGGCACGUCUUGGUUUAGUCAGUAGGUGAGCAAAAUGGGAAUUCUGAACCAAUACUUGGUUCUAAUCUUACUGUGGGCGACCCAAGGAUUGUCUCAGUACAAUGAAUAUGACUAUGAUACAGACUAUGGUCCUGAACGUGAAGAUGAAUUCCCUCCACAGUUCCAGUUUCCACAUCCUGUUGACUAUGCUGUGCCACAUUUCCCUUAUACAAAUGACUGUGCUAGAGAAUGCUACUGUUCUCCAGCGUUCCCCUUAGUCAUGCAUUGUGAUAAUCGGAAACUCAAGAUUAUUCCCCAGAUCCCAUCCCGCAUUCAACAGCUCCAUCUACAGUACAAUGACAUUGAAGCCGUGUCAGCAAAGUCAUUCGUCAAUGCUACAGGUCUGACAGAAAUCAACCUGAGCCACAACAAAAUUAAGUCAAACAAAAUCGAGUUUGGUGCAUUUGCAAAGUUGCCUCAUCUUUCUCAACUUUUCUUACAUCAUAAUGAUUUAGAAGAGAUUCCUUCACCUCUGCCCAGCUCUACUGAGAGGCUCUUUCUUGGUUUCAACAUGAUUAACAAAGUAAGAGAGAAUGACUUCCAAGGCUUAGUAAACCUAACCAUGUUAGAUCUUUGUAACAACCAAAUAGAUUUUAUCAAAGGGAAGACUCUGACCAAACUUAAGAACCUCAUGCAGUUCAACAUUUGCAACAACAAACUGCAUUCAAUGCCAGUAAAACUUCCAGCAUCACUCAUGUAUCUGUCAAUGGAAAAUAAUUCAAUUUCUGAAAUCCCUUCUGACUAUUUCAUACAUCUUCCUAACCUUUUAGCUAUUCGAAUGUCACACAACAACUUGAAGAAUGUCCCAUUAAGAAUGUUUAACCUUCCCCAUCUUAUGGAACUAAACUUGGGUCAUAACAAACUACAGAAUGUCUUCUAUAUUCCUAGAUCACUGGAGCACUUAUAUCUUCAAGACAAUGAGAUUGAAAGUUUAAAUAUCACUUUUAUGUGCCCAGGAAUUGAUCCAAUAAACACAAACCGUCUGACCUACCUGCGUGUUGACCAAAACAAGUUAAAAGGACCUAUAAGCACCUAUGCCUUCCUUUGUUUUCCACACAUACAAAGUAUUUACUAUGGUGAACAGAAGUAUGAUGGUAAUGAAGAGCCACACCUACAGAUACGGGUGAUUCCCCCGUUCCCAAUGGCAGAGAAUGACGAGGAUGAUGAUGAUGACCGGGAUGAAGGCCCACGAUACCAUGCAGGGUACCAUCCGGAAUAUCGUGCACAUGAACAUGGAGAAUCAGAUGAGGACUUUGACGACUACUCAUAUUAACCAUCAUGUCAAUAUGCUACUUUAAAAUCAUAAACCCAUCCCCAUUAGAUACCACACAGUCCCAUUAGGUUUCAAACUGAAUUUCUGUUAUCUCGUUAAUACUUUAAUAGUCAUCAGAGGCUGGGACUUUCAAAUUUGACAGCAGGGCGUUGUGCAAGGACACAUACAGAGACUAAAGCAAUCCAACUAGGUGAAAGGGCUUUUCAAGUUUUAUUAUGGAUUUGACAUAGUUAAUAAUAUGUUUAUACUUCUCUAGGUAAUCCCUUUUUUUUAUCACUUAUGAUUCUACUGCAGAAAUGUCAAGAUUGUAUGCAUGAAACCACCUUUCCAAUAUCCCAGGCAUAUAUUUAUUGAUUCACAGUUUAUCAUAGGGACACCUAUCAGUAUUGUUCAUGCAUAUUUAUAUUCUAGUCUUACGAGUACACAUUGGAUUUAGGCACUUGUGCUGGUACAUGGGCACAAAGUUAUGGUUCUUUUUUUGUGCAAAAGUCAUAGAUUGCUUUGCUACAUAUUAUUGAGGGGAUAUGUAAAAGUUGGGCAAUUUUAUUCUUUGUUCCAGAAGUGCAAUAUACACAUAUUUACAAAUACUAACUUUAAAUAAACAGUUUAAAUAAACAGUUGGACAGCUAGCAUUGCAUACAAAAGCAAUUAAAGCUUCCAGGGAUGGAUUUUUUUACUAGCCAUGUUCCACCACACCUUUUAUUUAACUUUUAGUC